CAGCCCACUGCCAGCUCCAGCUCGCAACCGGAGAGGGGAACCGGCCGGCGUUCGUGUACGCGUCGAGAGCGAGAGCGAGGGCGAUGGAGGUGAGCUCCAUGCCCGCGGCGGCGGCUGUGAUGCUGCUGCUGCUCUCGGCGGCGGCGACCGUGAGGGGCCAGGCGCUGGUGCCCGGCGUGAUGAUCUUCGGCGACUCGGUGGUGGACGCCGGCAACAACAACCGGCUGGCCACGCUGGUGCGCGCCGACUUCCCGCCCUACGGCCGUGACUUCCCGGCAACGCACGCGCCCACGGGGCGCUUCUGCAACGGCAAGCUCGCCACGGACUACACCGUGGAGAACCUGGGGCUGAGCUCGUACCCGCCGGCGUACCUGAGCGAGGAGGCGCAGAGCAACAACAAGAGCCUCCUCCACGGCGCCAACUUCGCCUCCGGCGCCGCCGGCUACCUCGACGCCACCGCCGCGCUCUAUGGCGCGAUCUCGCUGAGCCGUCAGACGGAGUACUUCCGGGAGUACCAGUCGAGGGUGGCGGCGUCGGCCGGCGAGCAGCGCGCCAAGGCGCUGACGUCGGGGUCCAUUUACGUGGUGAGCGCCGGCACCAGCGACUACGUGCAGAACUACUACGUGAACCCGGUGCUGGGCGCCGCCUACACGCCCGACCAGUUCGCCGACGCGCUCAUGCAGCCAUUCACCGCCUUCGUCGAGCGGCUGUACAGCCUGGGCGCCCGUCGGAUCGGCGUGACGUCGCUGCCGCCCAUGGGGUGCCUCCCGGCGUCCGUCACCCUGUUCGGCGGCGGCAACGCUGGCUGCGUGGAGCGCCUCAACAACGACUCCCUCGCCUUCAACCGCAAGCUCGGCGCCGCCGCGGACGCCGUCAAGCGCCGCCGCCCGGACCUCAAGCUCGUCGUCUUCGACAUCUACCAGCCGCUGCUCGACCUCGUCAACAACCCCACCAGCGCAGGGUUCUUCGAGUCGCGGCGGGCGUGCUGCGGGACGGGCACGAUCGAGACGUCGGUGCUGUGCCACCAGGGUGCCCCGGGGACGUGCUCCAACGCCACGGGCUACGUCUUCUGGGACGGCUUCCACCCCACGGACGCCGCCAACCGGGUGCUCGCCGACGCGCUGCUGCUCCAGGGCCUGCAGCUCAUUGCCUGAGACGCGCGGCAGCCUCCCAGACAGAAAAUACCCUCAAAUCCCCGCCGCCCUUCCAUCAUCCUACCAGCAAACGUGCCUUGCUUUCUGUCGUUCUGUGCUGCUUGCUUGCUGUUUGUUUGUUUGCUGUCUGUCCAUCCAUCAGCUCUCGUAGUUUUGUGCUGCUUAGAAACAGUUGGACUCGUGCAUAAGAGUGUUGUUCUGUAUAAUUUUUGUGUUCUUCGCCGUCUUCCCAAUCUGUUCGACGAACUUGGACUUUGGAGUGAUCGACGUUACAGUGACUAGCAUAUUUCGAAGUAUAGCUGUUGGGUUGGGUCUACUCAAAGCGGAGUGCCUUCCUCUGCAGUGCAGCGAGCGAGCACAAAGUACGCCGUGC